GAUGUCACUUGCAGUUAACAUGGAUUGUCUUGCGUGGAAGAAUAGAUUCCAGGUUGCAUGCAUUCUUACUAUCUGCUUCACCCUCUCCUGCCCAAUUACCCAGGGAGCGAAUAUAUUGGUUGUCCCGCUUGAUGGAAGUCACUGGGUCAAUAUGAGAAUUUUAAUGGAAGAACUGAAACUCCGUGGGCACAACUUCACUGUGCUUUAUUUCUCAGCGACAUUGUACAUCAAAGAGAGGCCUGAUCUAUAUCAAUCUAUUGUAACUGAAGUAGAAGGAAUCAUUGGGAAAAAUAAUAAUGAAGAUAUUUUGGAUGUUCUGAUACAAAAGACACUUGAAGCCUUUCAGGAUGGUUGGACGCCAUGGGGCUUUAUUAAGUUCCAAUAUGCAACAAUGUCUUUUAUGCAUGCCUGUCACCAUUGGGGGAUGGACUUAAACACUGCAAUUUUUGAAAACAAAAGUUUGUUAAAUCAACUUGAAAAUGAGAACUUUGACUUAGUACUUACUGAUCCUGUAUUUCUUACAGGCUCAAUGCUUGCGCAUUAUUUAAAACUCCCUUUGGUAUAUAAUGUUCGAUGGAUCACCAGUGGAGAAGCUCAUUUCGUCUCUGCCCCAUCACCAGCUUCCUAUGUUCCAAUUCCGCGCUCUCAAUUGACAGACAAAAUGACUUUUCUCCAAAGAACACAAAAUGUUAUCCUAAAUCUUAUUCAACUAGCAAUUGCAAAUUUUCUAACAUAUCCAAUGUACAAUGAUUUCUGCCAUCGCUAUCUGGGCCCAGACACAGACGCCGAGACUGUUCUUCUCAGUGCAGAUGUGUGGCUGAUGAGAGUAGAUUUUAUAUUUGAUUUCCCGAGACCCACCAUGCCCAAUAUUGUUUAUAUUGGAGGAUUCCAGUGUAAACCAUCCAAACCUCUAGAGGCAGAGUUUGAGGAGUUUGUCCAGUCCUCAGGGGAACAUGGGAUUAUUGUCAUGUCAAUGGGGACCAUUGUCAACUCUUUGCCAAUGCAUAUUGUAAUGCAAAUAGCAGAGGCUCUUGCUCAAGUACCUCAGAAGGUUAUCUGGAAACAUGAUGGAAAGAUUCCUCCCAACAUUGGAAAUAACACCUUACUGGCAAAAUGGAUCCCUCAGAAUGAUCUACUGGGACACCCAAAGACACGAGCCUUCAUUGCUCAUGGUGGCACCAAUGGAGUUUAUGAAGCCAUUUAUCAUGGGGUGCCAGUAGUUGGCAUACCUCUGUUUUUUGACCAGUUUGAUAAUUUACUAAGACUUGAAGUCCGAGGUGCAGCAAAGGUCAUUAGCGCCGCAACCAUGCAGUCAACAGAUCUACUGCAGGCACUUAAUGAGGUUAUAUAUAACACCUCUUAUCGGGAGAACAUGCAGAAACUCUCUGCUCUCCACAGAGACCAACCCGAGUCUCCAAUCGAGAGAGCUAUUUUCUGGGUUGAAUAUGUUGCCCGACACAAAGGGGCAGCACAUUUACGCUCAGAGUCUUACCGACUCCCCUGGUAUGCUUACUAUUGUGUAGAUGUGAUGGUUUUCCUGUUAUCACUGUUCCUCAUGGUUAUAAUGCUGACAGUCCUACUAUUGAAGAAACUUUGUAAUGUCACUCGGAAGAAAAAGGAAAAAACUCAGUAAGAUUCAUCGUUUCAGACUGGGACUAGGAGGAAUCGAGUUGUUCCAAUUGAAUAGAAAGUUUCAUGUAAAGUUCUGUAAAUCCCACUUUAGAAAUAGAAUCAGUCUAGAAACUAGGAGACACACUUUAACCGUACACUUUCAAAGUAGUAUUUGAGCUGGGAUGACAUCUAUUGUUAAAGCUAACUUGAGAAUGUAACCUUAAAAACGUUCUGGGAUUUAUAUAUGAAUGAACUGAAACUAACAUGGUCAUGCUAAAAGAUGAAAGACUUAACAAACAACCCAGUUUUUUUCAAUAUAUCAUUUCAGUGGUAUCAAUCCGUAA